UCAAAAGAUGAAACGCCAGCACAAAGUGGUGGAGCCUAACUUAGCAGCAAAGGCUGCGUCCUGCUCGCUAAAAUAGAAAUUACUUUUUCACAACUGGGUUGCGUUGGCUGGUUUGUGCUGAUAAUCCUUUAUUGACAGUCAACGGAAAGGAGCCAAGAGUUCCGACACGUCAGAGACUUCAGUUAGAAGUCCAGGAAAAGAGAAAGAAGCAAAAAUUCUCAGAGAACUUGGGGGCUAGUGGACUCCCGGAUCAUACCAAAGGUCGUAAAGAUCAUUUCGUUACACAAGCACUACUCUGAAUCGGGGCGACUUGUCGGAAAACUACAAAAUGUGUCAUAAAGGAUGUACCGGUCUGGGCCACAUGAGUUACUGAGUUUGGAUAAACACCCAUAAAAUUCAACUUUCACCAUUUCUCAGUUUUGGAACUAGUACUUGUAAGUGUUUGACAUAGAAAAAAAUGGAUUCAAAAUCAACUCACCCCAAUGUCAGUAUUCCCAGCUUCGAUGAACAUCGUGAGAAAAAAAAGCGAUACACUGUGUACAAAGUGUUGGUGACAGUGGGUAGGAAUGAAUGGUUUGUCUUGAGACGCUAUGCCGAGUUUGACAAAUUAUACAACACUCUAAAGAAGCAAUACCCUCAAUUUCCCCUGAAGCUUCCUGCUAAAAGAAUAUUUGGAGACAAUUUUGAUCCAGCAUUUAUUAAGCAGAGAAGAGCAGGAUUGAAUGAAUUCAUUCAGAAACUAGUAUCACAUCCAUCAUUAAGUCAACACCUUGAAGUUCGAGCAUUUCUUCAAAUGGACAACCCAAAGAAUCAGUCAGAUCCAUCAGAAGAUGAAGAUGAAAAGCCUGGUCAUGUGCAACAUUCUACCUCUGAAAUCAUUUAUCUUGGUGCCUCAGGAAAUCCCCAGGCUAAGCCAACAGACUUUGCUUUCUUGAAGCUAAUUGGCAAAGGAAGUUUUGGCAAGGUUCUACUUGCGAAACAUAAAACUGAUGGGAAAUUUUACGCAAUCAAGGUCUUGCAUAAGAAAAUAAUCCUAAAGAAGAAGGAGCAAAGGCACAUUAUGGCUGAGAGAAAUGUGUUGUUGAAAAAUGCAAAACAUCCCUUCCUGGUUGGACUUCAUUAUUCUUUCCAAACCACAGACAAGCUCUACUUUGUCCUGGAUUUUAUUAAUGGUGGAGAGUUGUUUUUUCAUCUACAAAGGGAACGUUGCUUUCCAGAAGACAGAGCCAGAUUUUAUGCUGCAGAAAUGGCCAGUGCAUUGGGAUAUUUGCAUUCACUCAACAUUGUUUACAGGGAUUUGAAACCAGAAAAUAUCCUUCUGGACUCUCAGGGGCACAUAGCUUUGACAGACUUUGGCCUUUGCAAAGAAGGAAUUGCUUGCACUGACACCACAUCUACUUUUUGUGGGACACCAGAGUACCUUGCACCAGAAGUGCUCAAAAAGCAACCUUAUGAUAAUACAGUUGAUUGGUGGUGUCUUGGCUCUGUUCUUUUUGAAAUGCUCUAUGGCCUGCCCCCUUUCUACAGUCGUGAUACUGCUGAGAUGUAUGAAUAUAUCCUUCACAAGCCAUUGCAGCUGAGGCCUGGAGCAAGUAAUGAAGCCUGUUCUAUCCUGGAAGGACUACUUGAAAAAGAGAGACAGAGAAGAUUAGGAGCGAAAGAAGAUUUUGUUGAAAUCAAAAGCCAUCCUUUUUUUGAUGUUAUCAACUGGGAAGAUCUAGAUCGGAAAGAAAUUCCUCCACCAUUUAAUCCCAGUGUGGCUGGACCUGAAGACCUACAAAAUUUUGAUCCAGAAUUCACAGAAGAACCAGUUCCACAAUCUGUUUAUCGAUCUCCUGACUGUUCAGUCGUUAAUGCUAGUGUUUUAGAAGCUGAUGAUGCAUUCAUUGGCUUUUCUUAUGCCCCACCUAUUGAAGAUUCAUUCUUAUAAAAGGACAGUUUCACCAUGUUUCUAUCAGGGGAAAGAAAUACUUCGCAGGAAAUGAAAGCACUGUGCAGUUUCAAGCCAUCUACACGUGGAGUUUUGAAUUUACAGCUCAACUAUCUGCAUGCCUGAAAUAAAGCAUUGCAGCAAUUGGGUGAAGGGCAAUGAAUGAAUGAACGGAGCUUACACCAUAAAAAUACUAUAAAGAAAUUGUACAUUCCUUGCACAGCUUACAAGUGAUCCAAAUAUUUAAUUGUUUCAUUCUUUUCACGUCUGAAGAUUCUGAAUCAAUUCAUUUUUAAGGGUAGUCUGCUUGUUGUUAAGAUUUUCUCUGGUGAAAUUUUGAUGACAUGUUCUACUAUACAUGAUUUAAAUAUUGUGAACAUUGCUAAUCAAUAUUGAAUAAUUAAGUUUGGAUAUGUAUAUUGUGUGAUGUUCCUUUAAGAAUUAACAAUGUAUUGUGGUCUAAAAAGAGUAAUGAGAUCACAUUUCAUAACAUGACAAAUCGCUUAAGAUAUUUUACACAUUUUCACCUCACUGCCAUCUAUUUUGAUGUCAUAUCAAGAUCAUGUUUUGGUUAUAACUUCACUCCUUUGCUAGAAGAUCCAAUUAAAUUGUCACUGUAUAUAAAACUGCAUUUAUGAUGUAAACAUUACUUGAAUAAUGGAGGAAGAAUUGUGGCCACUCAGAUGAGAGAUGUGAAGAUGUUUUUUUUUUGAGUUAUUUAACAUGUACUGGCCACCAAUUAUUAAUCAUGCCUAUUUUGUUUGAGGUUUGUACUGGAAAUGUACAAAUUAGCAAACUAGUUGAAUUAGAUGAAACUGAUACUUUUAUAAUUGUAUUUAACUCCAUGCUGUGUUCUGGAGAUGGGUAUAUAUUGAUAACAGUAAAAUUUCUAAAUGGCAUAUGUUCAAAAAUAUAUAUAUGUACAUUCUAA